AUGGAAAAAGCACAGCAUCAUGUUUUUUCCCAAUUGCUUGCACUGGAUGAAGGUGUCAAGACAGUACCCAAAGGUCAAAAGUUGAAAUUCCACGUCCAGGGCGUGAGAAGUUUGAAUCUGACCGGAUGGAUCAAUGCUACUGGGCCGAGAGAUACUUUUAUGGCAUGGACAUUCUCCGUUUUUGCCGUUAUUGGUGUGUUGUAUCCGACCAUCAUCGCUGGUAUCCAGAAUCUCGCCAGCGACAAUGUCGCAGACCAGUUAAACCGAUUAACAAUCAAUGGCGCUAUGGACAAUACGAUCUUUGGAAACUCUAGCAGUCAUGGAAGCUAUACUCUCGAGAGUUGGACUUGUCAGAUCGCGCCAUUGGUCUCAGGCCCCGUCAACACAACCAUGCCUACAAGAGUAAGAGAAGUCUUGAAUCAGUCAUGCCGCGAUGCCCAUACCUCUCGCUAUUUAUUGCUCAUCAUGCUGCCACUCACAAUCUUGAUGCUUCUAUCUAUCGCAAGACAGCAUUGGUUCACUUUUACAUUCGGAGCCGAGGAGAAGCCAGCUUGGUUGACAGUACCACUCGAAGACAACGACAAAGAGAUUGACAGCGACGAAGAUGAGGAUCCCAUGGCUCGUUUCGGCGGCAAUGCAAGAGAUCAAUGGCAACUCGAUUAA